CCAGCCGUAACCUCCAUGCAUAGGCCUCAAUGCGCCGACUACUCCGCCGCAGCGCGUACGCUGCUCUAGCAAUCCCCUCUCAACCUACUAUACGCAGUAUAUCCUCGUCCUGCGCACGCCUCAAGGACCCGCGCACCGGGCAGAUCGUCAACGACUUUGCCCACCUCCGCGACACAUACGCUACUCCCAAACACCCCCUCGUCCUCGCCCAUGGCCUCUUUGGCUUCGCCGAGCUACGGCUCCCCGUCCUCCCCACCAUCUACUACUGGCACGGCAUCCGCGAAGCCCUUCUCGCCAACAAAGCAACCGUCAUAACGCCCUCUGUCCCGCCAUCCAGCGCCAUCUCCCACCGCGCCGAGCAUCUCGCCGCACACAUCCAGCGCUCCGUACCCCCCGGAACACCCGUCAACAUCCUCGCACACAGCAUGGGCGGGCUCGACUCGCGCUACCUCAUCUCGCGGCUCAAAGGGCACAAUGUCAAGAUUGCCUCGCUGACGACCAUUGCGACGCCGCACCGGGGGAGUCCGGUGGCAGACUUGCUCGUGGAGCCGGAUGCCGCAGGGCCGAUCCAUCUGCCUAGGCUGUACGGCGUGCUGUCGCGGCUCGGGCUGGGCACGGAAGCGUUUGAGCAGUUGACGACACGGUAUAUGCGGGAGCAGUUCAAUCCGCAGACGCCUGAUGCGGCGGACGUGCGGUACUUUUCGUACGGCGCGGACAUGAUGGGCCCGCCGGGCCUGUUUAAUACGUUCCGCUACUCGUUUGGGGUGAUUAACAAGGUGGAGGGGCCGAAUGACGGGCUGGUGAGCGUCGAGAGCAGCCGCUGGGGAGAGUACCAGGGGACGCUGAUGGGGAUGAAUCACUUGGAUCUGAUUAAUUGGCAGAAUAGGCUGCGCUGGGCAGUCCGUGGCUGGAUGGGCAUGGCAAAGACGUUUAAUGCUGUGGCGUUUUACAUGGGCAUUGCGGAUAUGUUGGCAAAAGAAGGGUUAUAAUGGGAUUGGAGAGGUUGUGUUGGCGAAUGACGUAGGCGUUUUGUUCUUGGGGGACGUACAUUUUUUUUACUUUUAGCAGACAUUGGUAGGCGUUAAGGGAGCAUUGAAGCUAUUUACAUUUGCAAAUUAAUGCAAAAGGAGGUAUCAAUUAGAAUAGUAGAAUACAAGCAAUGCCAACAAAGGAAACCAUCCAGCAUCUUCCCACAAACACAUAUAUACACCACCAGGCCACCACCAUGCAGGUCCAGUCUACCAGUUCCAGUACAGCAUUGAUGAAUUUGCUUCGACAAUGGUGUAUUGGAGCCUGUACACCCGCAACUCAAAAUAUGCGAGAAAUUGAGCGCAUGCCGAGGCGGUAGCUGAAUAAAAAGAAAAAGGGCGAAGUAGGGUAUGUUGGGGAAGUAGUAUGUCUUCCCCACCGGGUUGGUGGGUGAUCGUUUGACGGAUCGUGAUGGUGGCUGCAACGCGUUUCGUUGCUGGUGAGGCGAUUUGUGGAGGAUGAGGUGGUAUCCAAUGCCUGCCUAUGCAGGCCCGGUGGCAUGUGCUACUUCCUUUGGCUUCAUCCCAAUUCAAAAAGGUGACACAGACUCCAGAUCCCCAUUCUUCCUCUGACAAUCCCCUCGUCCCCAGAUCCUCCUCUCCGGCGCAAAGGUUAUUUAAGCAACAGCCUUGCGCUCUCUGCGCUCUCUGCGGGCGGUCAGCCACUUGUUGGUGUAGACACCGAUAACAAGGAGAGCGACUGUGGAUGAAAAGUUAGCAUGGCACAGGGGGGGGGGAGGUUAAAAGGUUAAUACGAACCAACAAAGACAAUGCAGAAGACAACCAUGGGGCCCACGUUCUUAGCGGCCCAGUUCCUGUCGUCAUCACGCUUCAGAAGCUGGGACAUGACAGCGUCCUUCUCGAAAGUAAUAAUGGCGGCCAUUUUGGAUUGAGUGGAGGUAAAGACUGCGCUAGACAGACACGAUAAUGUUAGCAAUGUGUUUUGUGGUAGGGAUGACGCCUUGGGCGGUUAUCUUUCGGCAGCGCGUAGUUGGCAGUGACGAGAGUAUUGUUGUCGGUCGGCAACGGAAAUGCUAGGCAGCGGCGGUAUACCAGUGUUGUUUUCUUAGCAGUACCAAUGCGAAUUGUGAAUUGUCGCAGGCAGGUUGCGGGAGGAAUUGGCGAUUGGCCAUGUCGAGAAACGCAGGACGCCCAAAUGCGGCCAUACCGGGCGCGCGAAGCAACAACCGCAGUAGAACUACAACAACACCGACGCCCGUUGCAAAGCCAUUGCCGACGCGAUCACGAGUAGAAAAAAACCAGAGCAAAAUAAUAAUUACCUUUAGAAAUUGGCGGUUGUAAGAAGGAGAAGGGCGGGAAUCACGACGACGUUUGGAAGAUGGAAAACGAGGAUGCAGGAAGUAAGAAGUGGAAAAGGUGAGAGAAAAAAUGGCGACGGAGAAGGCGAGGGAAAGAGCAGCAAAAGCUUGGCCGGAGACUCGGGGCGCGAAAGACAAGAGCGUAAGCCGGCCCAGCUCUUGCAGGGGACUGUACUAAGAGCCUAGCAGCAAAUUUACAGUGGGCUUCCGGGGCGGUAUUAGCGGCAGGAACCACUGGAACGCCCGCCCAGGUGAAGCGUCGGAAAGCUAAAUUGUGGAGCCCGAGGACGUCACGGGCCACUCGCCGCCCGCUAUGAUGGCCAGUAUGGGUACGUACCUUUCCAAGUGCUGCUAUUGGCUCCUUUUUUUUUAUUUGUUGUUUUUUAAGCGGCCUGUUGGUGCUGCCGGUGCUGCAACCGGAGCUAGGCUGUAAUUACAGCGUAGAGUAUCAACCGGAGCACGCCGUCUACGGGGAAAACACAAGAUAAUGGCAUAAAGAAUACCAUGGGAAGCUGCGCAGGAGGC